GCGGCGCUUCGGCCGGGCCCGGGGAGGCGGGGAAGCGGGAUGGAGGCGGGGGCCGAGCAGCAGCAGCAGCAGCUCCGCAGCCUGCGGGACUUCCUCCUGGUUUACAACCGCAUGACCGAGCUCUGCUUCCGCCACUGCAUCUCCAACCUCAACUACCGGCUGCUCACCGGCCGCGAGGAGACCUGCCUGGACGGCUGCGCCGGGAAGCUGCUGCGCUCCAACCACCGCCUGAUGAGCGCCUACGUGGCGCUGAUGCCCGCCAUCAUCCAGCGCCGCGCCAGCCACGACGAGGCCAGCACAGCCCCAUCGCCCCGAGACGGCCCCCCGGAACCCCCGGCCCCCCCGGCACCGACGGCACCGGGCCCCGGCGGCCCCACACGCGGGGCUGUGGGCACGUAGCACGGCUGCCGGGAUGGAGCUGGCGAGAGCAGCGGCGCCGGGGUGAUACCGGUCUCCCCGCUCGGAGCGGCAGGUCCCCCGAAACCCAGCCUCGCACCCCUGCGUCCUCAGGGUGCCCGGAGCACCCUGGCAGCCGUCAAGCCCACCACGUGCCGGGGAGGGGGGGCACCCAGAGAGAAGCAGGGGGGUUCCCCCCUCAGCCCUGUCCUCGCAGCGCCGGGCUGCGUGCUCCGCACCCAGGGUGCUUGUACUUCUAGAGAACAGCGUCCCCGUGCUAAUAAAACGUCUCCUCGUUAGCGUCUCGGUGCUGACGCCUCGCGAGGGCGAGCAGAGCCCCGCUCCCCGCGGGGGCAGGGGACGCCCUCCCAGGGCUGAGGGUCGGCCUCGCUCAUCCCGGGACCCCUCUUGUCCUUGUCCUCGGCUGUCGGCGUCGCGACGGGCAGGCAGCUCUGCCUCCGGCGGGCAGUGCCGGGUGUCCGUUACAGAAUUCCGCCCGAUGGUGGGUUUCUCUAGGUUUGCUUUUUAUUAACAACUCGGCGUUGGGUUGUCGCCUCAGUGAGUGGCAGCGGGUGGGUCAAAAACAUCCUCUAUAUAUGCAACUCUGUGACAUUAUGCAAUUAAUAUUUGCCAAAAGAAA